CUCUUCUACGAAUCACGACUACCACCGCCGUAGCAGCUACAUCGGAACACAUAGCAGAAGAAAGAAUGUCGGAAACGAACCAGCAGCUCACGCAGCAAUUUCUCGCUCGCUUCCAGCCUGGAGUCUCUGGUCGGCACGCGUCUCCUCAUCUGGUCUCAUCUGGGUCUAAACUGCCGCCACAUCAGAGCUCCUUGGCCAGCUAGAGGCUAUGCGGAACGGUACUGCAACCACAGACGCUAUCGAGAAGCUCGCGAUUGACGCGGCGAAGCUGAGGAAAGACCUCACGGACGCGAUUUCGUUCAUUCCGGGCUACGAUCAGCGCCAGUGCGAGAACAAACUCAAGGACAUCGAGGCGCAGAUAGAGGCCUUGCGCGUUACAGCGGCCCCGAAAUCGAAGUUUGCCUUCAAGCGUAAAGCUGCGAAACCCUCGUCCUCGGUCAUGACGCCUGUUGCUCCACCCAAGCAAAUAAUUGCUGGCGAAUCGACCGCAACUCCUCCCCAGGAUAAUUCACACUCUUCGGGACUAUCGCUGUCAGGACAUACGCACGGCUAUCUGACAGUUUCUUCACUCUCCGCACCUUGGUCUGCCGCUUCGGAUCUGACGAUAUCGGACCUCGACCACUGUGUGGUGAACCUCGUACCCUCGCGAGCGAACCCAGACGCCCCUGCCGACCUCGCCUUUAACGCUCUCCAUGUGCGGAACGUCACGAAUAGCGUACUUAUACUUCCCGUGAUCCCCGGCAGCGCACUGCUUCACGAUAUGAAGAACUGCGUGAUCGCUCUAGGUAGUCGACAGUUCCGCAUGCACACAUCCUCGGCUGUGGAUGUGUAUAUUUCCAUCGCGUCAAAUCCAAUCAUCGAGCACUGCUCUGCGAUCCGGUUCGCCGACUAUCCAUCAUGCUUGCUAUCCCCGUCGGCGAAAAUAGCCCAGGACGCGAAGAGCAACUACUUGGCUGUCCAGGACUUCUCGCAUAUCCGGGCGACCCCCUCACCGAAUUGGUUGCCCCUUCCUGAAGGCGGUAGGGUCGCGGAUGACCGAUGGCCAGUUUCCCGUGCGGACCCGAAGGAGGUACUAGAGACCCUUCUUCCCGCUCAAUAGACUUAUUGUUGCUAUCGCUCUCGCGCGGACCCGAGUAACUAUUUGGGCC